UCGUAUAAUGGAUGAACUGGAUGAAAAUGGCUACUGCGUCAUACCAGACGUCGUACCUGCCGAGGAGUGUGACCAGUACGUAGCGGAGUACAAGAACUGGCUCUCUCAGUUCGAUGACGACGACUGGCCUUCUCAGAUGCACUCCAUCAUCCAUAGCUACCGCAUCGGCCACUUCGACACCACGUGGAGGGCGCGACUGAAGACGCGGAAAGUCUUUGAGGAAAUCUGGCAGACUAAAAAACUACUGACAAGUGUCGACGGCGUCGCAAUCUCGCCUCCGCCGGAAGAAGGAUUCAACCAUUACGCUGCAGAUUCACGCUGGUUGCAUUUGGACCAAAGCGGGGCUCGUAAGGGGUUGCACGUGUAUCAGGGAGCCCUGUAUCUGGAGAGCACGAGCGAGACCGACUACUGUUUCCGGGUCAUGAAGGGGUCGAACAGACAUUGCGACGAGUUUUACGAGACGCAUGAAAAAGCGAAGAGGAAAGGAAGAGGCGUCGACUUCUAUAAGCUGACGUCAGAGCAGGUCAGCUGGUUCAAAGCGCGAGACUGUGACGUCAUCAAAGUUCCGGUACCAAAAGGCGGGGUUAUAAUCUGGGAUUCGAGAACCGUUCACGACAACGUCAGACCGGAAUACGGCAGACCCAAUACAGACAGAUGGCGCUGCGUCGUGUUCACGUGCAUGGGGCCGGCGAAGUGGGCGUCACCACGGGAUAUGGCUGUCAAGAGGAAAGCCUACAAGCAGCUGCAGAUGACGUCACACUGGCCUUGCCAGGGCGUCAGGGUGUUCGAAUCUAGCUGCUUCUCUCUCAAGAAAGUCGAGAACAUCCCGGACAAGAUGCCGGAAAUCGCGUGUUCUGAUGACGUCAGACGAUUGUGUGGAAACAAAGCGUACGAUUUUGAAGAUGAAGAAUCCAAUGGGCCGGAGUGGGAACCAGAGUGGAGGACGUAAACAUGGCCCAGUCGUUAACUCAUCAGUUCCCUUAGGUGCUCGGUUCAUAACUCGAAACAAAUAUUAUAUUUAUAUAAAUUUGAUAUAUCUCAGUGGUGACGUGUAAUAAGUUAUAUUUUAAAUAACAAUUUUUUUCCUGUUAAUGACUGUCAUGAAUAGACUGCCAAAAUAAUUGUAAUGUUAAACGUAGAC